CACACACUCUCUCAAUCGCGGACGCAUACUAAACCAAAAAAACCUAUUUAUGGUCAACUUAUACCUCCCAGACCAGGUCUGUUGGAGGCGUAGUAGGCAUGGUAACUUACCUUAGCGGCUAAGACGACGCUCGCGUGCAUCAGAGCACUUCGAGCAUUGUAUCAGACUGAAGUGUAGCACAAAGCUUAACUUCCCCACUCACCACCCCCUUUGCUUGAGUACUCGUAACCUGGAACUGAAGGAACUGUACGGUACGAUACCGUACUCGAGCUGGGUGAGACAUCAUGAUACCGCACCCGAAGAAUAUUUGGAAGGGUCUUUAUUGUGCAACAACGAACAAGAUAACAAAUUACAGUAGCUCAACCCGGUACAGUCUAUUCACGAUAAGCAGGCAGCUUGAUUUCUUUUUUUAUGGAACUAAGCCUCUCAAACUCUUUGGGCCAACAGAACAAGUGCUGCCGAUGGCACCGCGCAAGAGGAGUAGUAGGAGUAGGAGGAAGAGGGAACAAAAAGCGAGGGAUCUGUAACCCUCUCACCGGUAGCUCAAAUUAAUACCGUAUUUGCCUA